UCUACUUACUACACGCGCGAUUUGUUUACAACCGCGAGAUAUAUUAAUAAUUUAAAUUAAACGUGAUACCGAAAAAAUAAGGCCUGAAAAUGGAUGAGGUUCUGGAGACGAUGCAGCUGGAGAACAUGCAGUGCGAUGUGUGCGAGGGCACGACCUUCCAGGAGCGCGUGGGAUUCUACUACUGCGUGGAGUGCGGCACACAGAAGGACCAGAUUCGCGCAGUGGACAUCACCGCCGAGGAUAACUUCGAUGAAACCGCCGCCGGCAGAUACGCAACCAGGACAAUCCGCCAGAGAAAGGAUGCGGAGAAGGAGGAUGAGGACGACAUCACCUCGUGGGAGUUCUACAACUAUGUGCUGCGCGGCUUCCUCCAGGAGCUGCUCAACAUGGGCGCCAAGCCGGAGCUCAAGCUGAUGACCCUGCAGGUUUGGACGGCGUACUUGGGCAGCAUGGAGGUGGCCUUCAGCAAGAGCAAUAAGACGGGACUGCCCAAACUGAACGUGCGGGCGCUGCCAAUAGAUGCCCGCAUCAUCUACAACCAUAAGCCAUUCAAGAAAGGCAAGAAGGGCAAAAAGAGCACUCUAACAGGUGACCCAAAUGACGAGCGCGCCAAGUUCAGAUUGUGGAACAGGACAAAGCGCAAUCUAGACGCCUCCGGCUACCGCACGCACGGAGGACCUUCAGAGUCCGAAGGGGAGCAAAGUCUCCACCUGCAAUGGUCAUUGCGCGCCCGCAAGUUACUGAAGCGCCAGAUGCCGCUGAAGCACCUGGACAAGCACAGUCGCGACAGCAAGGGCAGUAUGUCGUGCCACAGCUUGAGACCGAGGGUCAAGCAGCUGCACUCUUUUGACCGCAACAUCUACUCCCUGAAUAUUAUCAAGUUGUAUGUAGUGCUGGGCAUAGCUCUUAAUAUGGUGGAGGAUGACAUACAGCUAUCGGACCUGGUGCGAUUCAUUGAUGAGGAGCACUUGACCAAGCGGUGCAUGCUUAACUAUCUGCCCCAAAAUGUGGCGGCCAAAGGCAAGGCACUCCUCAAAGAUAUGGAGCUCAGCAAAAUCAAAGACAAGGUUACCAACAAGAUGCUUCGUUUAAACAUCGGAUAUAUGUCCCGAUUCAUAAACCUGUCUGAAUUUCAAAAACCGAACCUGCAUUCCCUAGCAGAGCGCUACAUUCUGGAGUUGGGACUGCCACCACGUCUACUGAAGUUCGUAGAUAGCCUGAUUGAGCUGUAUCCCCCAAAUUUCUUAAAUGCCGUAACCAUACACUUGUAUCCGCGCUGCGAGGCAAGGACUAUGGCCUACAUUCUCUACGCCAUGAAGUUACUUUUCGGCUUGGAUGAUCUCAAGGAGCGGAAUAUAUCCGAAUCAGCUGCAAAAAUCAACGCACAACUGCUGGAAGUCGGCGGAGAUGAGGCUCCCUUGCUUUUUGUUUUUACCGAGUGGAUGGAGUUCGUGGAGAUAAGGAAAGUAAUUGUCUCACAUUACAACCAGAGUUUUGCCCGUCGCUUUGGAGUAGCCACGCAGACUGGUUGUCAGGUGGAUGACAUCCUGGCAAAAGAGUGGAGAGAGAAGGAGCAAAGCGAAACCUUCGGCUGGAUGCAGGGAUCUGCGGCAAUGCAGCGUCAGCACGAAAACCUGACACACAUUAUUGAAACGAUGCUCAAGGACCAUUUUGGCGAGUCCAGCAAAGAAAGCAUGGAGAAAGAGCGCAUUGAAUUCCAACCCAGCUUGACUCCGGCUCACUCCUACUUCAACAGAAUCCUACUACAAGCAACGCGGUCUGAUGGUGCAAAAAUGAGCAUACAAAUUCCAGAACACAUGAAAGUGGAUCACUCGGUGCGGGACCUGGAUCCCUUUGUGCUGGAGACGACCGAGCUGUCACAGUAUUUGUCCCAGCAUGGCCUAAAACUACGAGUGGAGGAGCUUGCCUGCCAGGAGGAUAUCCAGAAAGUGGGCAUAUUCCGUCCACUAUCACUACUCCGAGGUGACAUCCGAGAAUACCGCGCCAACACUGACAUUAAAACCGAGACGUGGAUCAGCGAGCUAAAGAAGAAGGAGAAACGGCCGGACUUCAGGUUCACACAGCCCACUGGAACCUAUGGAGCACGCUAUCUGAAACGAAUAACAAUGCAUAAUGCAAGGCGUGAGAAAAUUGAGUUAAAUAAUCCUUUUUGGGAGGUCACCGAGACGCCCAGCUUUCUUCUUAAACUUAACGAUACCGAGGUACCACUCGACAGCCUGACCUCUCUGCAAACCUUCGAGGAAGGGACCAUGGAUCCCUUGAGCAUCCCUUUAGAUCUGCCCCGUCGCAAUCUGGAAAAAAAUGUGAAUCCAGAAGAGUCUGAUAGAGCAUCAGACCAGGGAGCGGAGGACAUAAAUGACGAACCGCCAAGGCCAGACGAGCUGGUGUUGCAAGUGUCCAACUUUGAUUGCUGGCUUCUACAUGGCUAUAUGAGGAAGAUUCGGCAGCACGACAAGCAGAAACUGCGUCAGUUGUUUCCCUGUUCCUUCCGUUGGCUCCUGGAGACCUGUGCCAGCACAAUCGGCAUAGUUUGGGAAGAGCUCUACGAGGAACUGCUUGUCGUGGAAGUGAUGUACCAUCACAGCAUCCGGGACUGGAGCAAUCACAGGGAUUUCCUGUGCAUUCAACACAACACUCAAGAGAAGGACAUCCGAACCCUGGCCAGGACGUACAAGGAGUUUUGGUAGUAUAUUAUUAUGCACAAAAAAUAGAAGUAUUAGAAGUGUAAACAUUAAAGAUGCCAUUUGGAAUAAAUAUGUUCCUU